CGGCGCUUCAGCCGUGAUAAUGUCAUCCCAUUUUAUCCAUCCUUAGCCUCCACCUCCACCCGACCACUUGUAGCCUACUCCGCUAGGUUAGUUAGCUAGUACUAGUGUCUGAGUCUUGAUUAGUACUCCGUACAAAGUUCUUCAAUCGACAGCUCAACCGGUGGCAAGCGAAUAAGAGAUUAACCCUUUCAGGGUACAAGAGUCGCUCAAUAUUGUUCAUGGUAAGUACUAUAUCACCAGUGAGAGAAUCAAUUAUAAUCAAUAUGGUUAUUCCAGUUUCAUAAUUCUUAAUAUUCUCGGUAUCUUUGUACGAGUAAAAGAAGUAUAACUUGGAAUUAGGGACUCGUUAGUUACGAUGGAACAGCAUGACUAAAGAGAUGUCUGUGCCAAGACCUUCAAUUGUGGGGCCAAACUUCUCCAGGAACAAACCUACAUUGACUCGGGAGUAGUACUCCUAGUAAGAACCGCACCACUUUAUCAUCCAUACUGGCCAACGCUGUCGCCUGCAUCAAUCACAUACAAUUGACCCCUUUUAGCCCCGCAAUCAUGGCGUCCACAUCAGACCGACAAUCCGAUUCAUCGGGACAAGACCAUCCUAAUUCUUGGUCAAACACGGAACAGAGAUUCACGAACAAGAGUGCAAGCGAGUACUAUGAUCCAUGCCAAGAUUUCGCUGAUCGGAGUUUGAAAUGUAUGAAGCGGAACAAUUUCGACAGGGAAAUGUGUCACGAUUACUUUCAGGCUUACCGUGACUGCAAAAAGCAGUGGUUGACACAGAAAAAGCUUUCUGGAUAGUCUCACCAGAGCUAGAGUGCCAGGCGAUCAAUAUCCCCGGUGCCUGAAAGGAUUUCCUUCUGGUCUUCAUCAGCAUUGCACUACACAUCUCGGAGCCGGGCUGUCCUAUUGAAAGAUACUGGUAAGAAACUGGGCGAUCGAGCAUCUCGAGCUGAAACAUACCAUUGAUUGGCACAUAAGCUUCUUCUCCAAUUGAUACAGCUUUUGUCCUUAUCGUGGAUGUUCGUCUCUUCUUUUUUUUCCCCUUGCUUUUCGGCAGAGGGGGGAUGAUAGUUCUGAUUGUCUCGACAAGGUUCUGGAUAGUUGUCCUUAAGUCUGUACACUAUAAUUAUGUUCUAAGCUACCG